GAGGCUACCAAAAGAUGAAGCCACUGUAUUUGGUGUUUGGCCUUUGGGUUCUCAUAGGAUGCUUCCUGUCUGGUGAGUGUCACAGAGGCCCCAGAGGACAUGAUCCUAGACGACGACCACCACCACCUCCUCCUCCUCCUCCCCCUCCCUUUGGUCCAGGAAUUGGUCAACCACCCCCUCCACAUUUUGGUCCAGGAUUUGGUCCACCACCCCCUCCUCCUCCUCCUCCCCCUCCCUUUGGUCCAGGAUUUGGUCCACCACCCCCUCCUCCUCCCUUUGGUUUUUAUCCUCCUUAUAUACCACAUCCUCCACACCAUAGACCUCCAGCCAAUCCUCCUACAAGGCCUCCUCCAAGCAAUCCUCCUUCUCGACCUCCUCCCACAGUACAAGCAAAUACAAUACCAGCUGCCAAUAUCUCUGUAACUACUGGUAUUGCCCCAAAUUCCACUGAUAAUUUCUAGAGGUGGUAGCGAUUAAUAAAUUCCAUUUGGCAGCCAGAAUAAAAAUAAACCAAAGCACUGUGAAAUUUGGGAGCAAUAAUCUUUAAAAGCUUAAGAAACAACCUUUACCCAAGAAUUAUGCAAAAUGACAAUAAAGAGCAGAGCAGCAUUAUACAGCAUCUACUGCUGUCCUCAUUGUGAUGACCAUACUACCUACUGUGUUACUGGCAUAAAAUUAAUCUUUCCAGAAA